AUGGUGCUCGCGCUCAUGACGCUGCCGACGGUGAUCAUUGCCUCGCGCGCCGCCUUGAAGGCCGUGCCUCCGUCGAUUCGCGAAGCGGCGCUAGGCGUGGGUGCGUCCAAGGUGCAGACGGUGACGCACCAUGUCCUGCCGCUGGCCAUGCCCGGCAUCCUGACCGGGACCAUCAUCGGAAUGGCGCAGGCGCUCGGCGAAACGGCGCCUUUGCUGAUGAUCGGAAUGGUCGCCUUCAUUGCCGACGUGCCGGGCGGCUUCACCGACGCGGCCACGGUCUUGCCGGUUCAGAUCUUUCUAUGGGCAGACGCCCCCGAGCGGGCCUUCGUGGCCAAGACCUCGGCGGCGAUCAUGGUGCUGCUGGCUUUCCUGAUUUUCAUGAACGCAAUGGCCGUGGUACUGCGCAAACGCUUCGAACGGCGAUGGCCCGACAGCGUUCAUGACCAGGCGGAGCGCCCCGUGGCUCUCAGCAACCAGCAGCCCGUGAAGAUCAAGUCGCGCGACGUCAACGUCUACUAUGGACAGGCGCAUGCUUUGAAGCAUGUGGACCUCGAUAUCCGCCAGUACGAAGUGACCUCUCUGAUCGGUCCCUCCGGCUGCGGCAAGUCCACCUAUCUGCGCUGUAUCAACCGUAUGAACGACGUGAUCGACGGCUGCCGCGUCGAGGGCAAGAUCGAGAUGGACGGCGAGGAUGUCUACGACCCGAAGCUCGACGUCGUGCAGCUGCGUGCCCGGCAGCAGCGUCUCUGUAUCGCCCGCGCGAUCGCGGUGAACCCUGAAGUCAUUCUGAUGGACGAGCCCUGUUCGGCGCUCGACCCCAUUGCCACGGCGAAGAUCGAGGAACUGAUCGACGAACUGCGGCAGAAUUUCACCAUCGUGAUCGUGACUCACUCGAUGCAGCAGGCCGCACGCGUGAGUCAGAGGACCGCUUUCUUCCAUCUUGGUAUUCUGGUCGAAAGCGACGAAACCGAGCAGAUCUUCACCAACCCCAAGGACCAGCGUACGCAGGACUACAUUACCGGGCGAAUAGCAGUGCCAGAUACCUCCGCCGAACAUACAGUUCGAUCUUUCGACAAGGAGCUGACGCGGCUCAGCCAAUCGAUCAUUCGCAUGGGGGGCCUUGCGGAAAGCCAGCUCGCCGACGCCGUGGAAGCGCUCAGUCGCCGCAAUAGCGAGAUGGCGGCCAAGGUCGUGCAGGAAGACGCGCAGAUCGAUGCCUUGGAGCAGGAGAUCGACGAGCAGGUCGUGCAGCUCCUGGCGCUCCGCCAACCGAUGGCGCAAGACCUGCGCGAGGUGAUCGCCGCCCUCAAGAUCUCGGCGGACCUGGAGCGAAUCGGCGAUUAUUCCGCCAACGUCGCCAAGCGGUCGAUGGCGCUGAACCAGGUUCCCAUGACCGAACCGGCCCACACCUUGCCGCGCAUGGCGCAACUGGUGCUGGCCAACAUCAAGCGGGUCUUGGAUGCCUACGUCGAACGCGAUCCCGACAAAGCGAUCGACGUCUGGGAAGGCGACGCCGAGAUCGACGAAAUGUACACCUCGCUGUUCCGUGAAACCCUCACCUACAUGAUGGAGGAUCCNNAACAUCACGCCCUGCACCCAUCUGCUUUUCAUUGCCAAGAACGUGGAACGCAUGGGCGAUCAUGCGACGAACAUCGCCGAGGUCGUCCAUUUCCUGGUCACCGGAAACAAGAUCGUCGGCGGUCGUCCCAAAGGCGACACCAGCAGCUACGCGGUGCUGUCACCGCCGACGGAGGUGUGAGCACCUGA